AUGGAUGAAGUAUCUUCAUUUUGUGCAAAACAUGAUAUUUUGGUACCCAAGAUGGAAGAAUUCUAUAUUCCUGGAAAGUCGAAGCGUAGGCCUUCUAGUGUUACUUAUUCACAUCACUUACGUGUUGAGCUUUUUUAUGCAGUGAUUGAUUUACAACUUCGUUUUGAUGUUGUGAGUAGUAACUUGCUUCUUGGUAUGGCUAGCUUGAAUCCGGCUAACUCAUUUGCUAAUUUUGAUAAGGAAAGAAUAAUGAUAUUGGCCAAGCAUUAUCCCGAUGAAUUUGGUGAAUUGAAGCUUCGAGAUCUUAGUCGCCAACUUGACACUUUCAUAUGGCACAUGCAACAUGGUGACCCUAGGUUCUCUGAUUUGAAAGGAAUUGGUGAUUUGGCAAAAGCAUUGGUUGAGGCAAAUCUUGUAGAGACUUAUUCACUUAUUUAUUUGCUUGUAAAAUUGACUUUAAUUUUACCUGUCGUAACUACAACGGUAGAAAGAGCAUUCUCAUCCAUGAAGUACGUCAAAGAUGAAUUGCGUAGUAGUAUUAGUGAUGCAUUUUUAAAUGAUUGUUAG